AUGGCGAAAACAAAACACCCACAGUUUAUGGAGUACGGGCGCUUCAGAGAGAGAAGGGAGCCAGAAUAUCCGUCCAUCUUCGAGAUCUUUCCCUGUCAACCGACUCCAGGACCUGCCCCUCGCAUCAAGAAAGAAGAGAAUAAUAAGGACGACACUCAGAAGGACGGUCGUGCAGAGGGACACGCUGUUGGGCGUGUCAAGAAGAGAAAGGCAGUCGAAGAAACACCACCGUCUGAUGACCGCGAGCGCAAACACACCGAGCAGCGUCGCCGUCGCCGCAAGAGACGUGAGAAUAAACUGGUCGCUGCGCCACAGGAGGGCCUUGCUGGGGUCCACGUUAUUGGGCGCUUCAAAGUCAAUAAGGUCGUAGAAGAUAAUCCACCGUUUAAGGAUCAAGACACCGACCUGGCCACACAAAGAGAGAUUUGCCUCAAGGAACGAGAUAUAAUACUGGUCGAUGCGCCGCAGGAGUGCCCCAGUGAGGUGGAUGCUGGCAAGAUGGCUCAAGAGGAGGAGAGAGUAACUGAGUGUCUCGUGGAUGCUGCCAAGAUGGAACAAGCCCAUCAAGAAUGUCAAGAUUUAGAGGCGGAGGCAGCCAAGAAGGGCAAAGCGUGUGGAGAGAUUGAGGAAGGGGCAGAUGAUGGUCUCAUGGAUGCUGCUGAGAUUGACCCACUAUGUGGAGAUGAGGAGGAAGGAGCAGCUAAGGGUCUCGCGAAUGCUGCAAAGAUGGAAAAACACUUUCAAGAAUUACAGGAGAAGACAGUUGAGAGUCGCAUGGGUGCUGCCAAGAUGGGUGAAGUGUGCGGAGAGACUAAGGUAGGGACAGAUGAGAGUCUCAAGGAUGUUGCUGAGAUUGACAAUGAAUGUGGAAAUGAGGAGGAAGGUGCAGCUAAGGGUCUCGUGAAUGCUGCUGAGAUUGAAGAAGCUAGUCAAAAUUUAGAGGAGAAGGCAGCUGAGAGUCUCAUGAAUGCUUCCAGGAUGAAACAAGCCCAUCAAGAUUUACAGGAGAAGACGGUUGAGAGUUGCAUGGGUGUUGCCAAAAUGGGUGAAGCAAGCGGAGAGACCGAGAAAGGGGCCGAUGAGAGUCUCGAGAAUGCUGCUGAGACUGACAAAGCAUGUGGAGAUGAGGAGAAAGGGGCAGCUAAGGGCCCCUUUAAUGCUGCCAAGAUGGAACAAGAAAGUCAAGAUUUAGAGGAGGAGGCAGCUGAGAGUCUCAUGGGUGCUGCCAAGAUGGGUGAAGAUUGUGGAGAGAUUGAGGAAGGGGCAGAUCAUGGUCUCGUGGAUGUUGCUGAGACUGACCCAGUAUGUGGAGAUAAGGUGGAAGGGGCAGCUGAGAGUCUAGUGCGUGCUACCAGGAUGGAACGAGCCCAUCAAGAUUUACAGGAGAAGACAGUUGAGAGUCGAUUGGGUGCUGCCAUGAUCGGUGAAGCAAGUGGAGAGAUUGAGCAAGGGGCAUUUGAGAGUCUCAAGGACGCUGCUGAGAUUGACAAAGCAUGUGGAGAUGAGGAGGAAAGUGCGGCUAAGGGUCUCGUGAAUGCUGCCGAGAUGGAAAAAGCUCAUCAAGAUUUAGAGCAGGACGCAGCCGAGAGUCUGAUGGAUGCUUCCAAGAAGGAGGAAGUUCGUGUAGAGGUUGAGGAGGGAGCAGCUAGGAGUCUUUGUAGCCAACCCUCGGGUGCCGCUUGCACCCACUGA